AAAGAUAUAUAGUGAACAUAUGAUAUUGAGUUUAAAAACAGCGUAAAAUUUUAAUUGAGAUUAAACGUAAGCGUAAAGAGAGGCGUAGUGCGAGUGAUGAUAAAAAGUAACAACAGCAACAAAGUGCAGUGCUCUGCGCACAAAGUAAACAUAAAAAAAAACUAACGGAAACUUUUUAAGUUUCGGCAACAUAUUUCGAAAAAAAAAAUCGUAAAUUUAACUCAAAAUCACUUUUGAAUAUCACGUGCAAAAUUUUACUUCCUUUCGAAAAGCCUUUAUUUAACAGUAAUUUGGUGUUUUCGCGAAAUCUCUCAAAUUUAAAUACUAAAAUUUUCGGUGUUACGUCGCUUGCGCAUCGUGUGCGUGACCAAAUCGUGGUAGGCCUAACAAGCGCACACCCCAAAAAUAGAAAUUGUCAACCAUUAAACGGUUUCAAUUUAACGGCGAGUUACCGCAACACGGAAGGAAAAACCGUUUAACGGCGCGACAAAGCAGGUGGUGAUAUUGAAAUAUUUGUUUGUAUACAUACGUGAAUACCUUGUUUUGGCGCAAAAUCAAAAGCUAUGGACGGAGGUGCUGCUCAAUACUUUUAGCUCGAAUUAAGCAGCUCCCUAUAUUCCAUCUAAAUAAAAUAUGGGACAGGAGAUAUCUCAGCAAAAGAAAUGCAGCAUUAUUAGUCGACACAAAACACACCAACAAGCACCACAAUCUUUUCAACCACACCCGAUACGAGACGCAACAAAAAAUCCCAAACCUUCUACUACUUUCACAACGUCCAACGGCAAAUACACUAGACACUCACAAGAAUUCCAAAGCGUCUACGCACCUUCCUCGAGCAUCUCGACGACCUCUUCCAGCUCAACCGACGACGAGCACUAUCGCCUAAGACAGAAAUACAAUCUGAAUAAGCAAACUUAUGAGAAAUUCCGAGCGUCGAAGAAACUCAGUCUCAUCAGCAGUACCACCGAUCAGAGUACUAGCACCAGCAAUUCCGCGUCGACCAAUAGCAGCUCAUCUACAUAUCAAAAUUCGAAAUCCACUGAACCAACGUAUAACAACAUCGUGCGCAAACCGUCACAAUAUAAGCGCAAAAGUUCUUCGAGCACCGAUAGUGGCAUCUACUACGCCUCCUGCCAUUGCGCCUCUUCCUUUUUGUCUUCAUCAGCUACAUCCUCUUCUUCGCUGUGCUCCACAAGCGCCUGUGGCUGCUCCACUUCUGUGGCAUCUUCAUCCAAUCAAUCGCGCAGCUCACUCGAUCAAAAGAAAAACUAUCUCUGUAGACAUUUGUACAUAAAAUCUUAUCUAGAUAUUUUGGAGGAAGACGAGAAGGCGCGCGCUCACUUCAAAUCUGCUAAACCGGGCGGCAUACGCAAUUACAAACCGAAGAUUUUGAGCGAUAGCGCGCUGUCAACCAGUGCACCACAGAGCACAGGAUUUAGUAUCAGUAGCAACAACUUGAAGCUGCGUGAGAAGUGUAAGGAGGAUCCGUGGAUUUGA